GUUUUUUAUUAGUGGAUGCAACACUGGAAUGAUCAACGGAUUGUUUAAAUUUAGAUUAAUAAUUUAUUAGUGAGUUUAGUAUUUCUUACAUAAUAAGUUCAGUAGCUGUUGAAAUUAUUGAAAGCAGUUUGAUUUAUUAAUUUUAGCAGACGCUAUGGAAACAAUUUGCUAUUAGAAUUUGUCAGCAAAAGGUUCUGGUUCGCUAAUACAGUAGUGGUGAUGGCAGUUGUAAAUGAUUGCUUUUGUUAACAGUUCUUUCAGAUGAAAGCCAUCAAUAGCAGAAUACUUUGCCACAUUGCAUUAUGUUUCUCUUUAUGCAUAAUGAUAAGGAAACGGAAAGGGGCACGUGUUACAUUUUUGGAUGUAGUCAACAUGGUAAUGUGAAAUUGACUGAAGAAGAAACUGGUUUUAUCGGUGAGAGCUACAUUUUACCUCUGAUGCUAACAAAGCUCUCUGUAUCUUGGAUUUCCUCAUGAAAUGCUUGAUGAAACACACAAAGCCAUCUUACAAAUUCCCUUGAAUUUACAUUGUAAUAUUUUUCUUUUAUCAUCUCUCUAAAGGAGGAUUUAAAAAAUGCAUCGAAUCGAAGUGAAUCAUGGAAAAAAAUUAACAAUAUAAAGGAGAGUUUUGGUCUAAAUGUGAAGAUGUAGAAAUUUUUAUUGAAUAUCUAUGGCCGAGAGUUUGACUAAAAAAAAUUAAACAACAGCAUUGCUAUUUGAAAUUUAUGGAUGAUUCAAGAUUAAAAAUGUUUAUUCAAUUAUAUUGAAAUUUUGCUGUGUCUUUGAGAGAUUGAACAAACAUGCAGCAUAGCAACGGUUGAUUUGAAGUCAUAGCUAAAAGUAUGAACCAUAAAAUGGAUUUUUUCUCUAACAGUCUUCAAAAGUAAUUCAAAAGCUCUAUAAACAAUAAACGUUGUCUUUUCGUGCGUUAACUAAAAUUCGUUAUCACUUUACCAAGUAUUCGCGGAUACUUGGCAAAUGUUUUUCAAGUAAAAUAAAUUUCAUGAUCAAUUCUACAGCUUGAAACGCAUUAUAGUUGCUGUAAAGGUUCGCAUUUUUUCGUGGAUCGAAUUAGUAAUGAAGCUUCUAAGGUUUUUAUUACGCUAUUUCCCUCCAGGAAUUGCUUUGGAAUACACACAAGGUGGAGAAGUCAAGACCAAAAUGAUCGAUUUGUUGGACCUUAAUUCGAGAACUGACAUUAAAGCAUUGGCUCAAAACAUCAAGGAUGCAGAACCAGUAAUAACUGAUUCAGUGAUAGGACAAUUAGAGGAUACAUUGCUAAAGUUGCAAUCUAAAGUAUGUGAUAAUACAACAAAGCACUUCUACAAGUAUAAAACUCUUCAAACUCAUCUUCUUCCAGUGACUAAUAUAGCCUUUGAUAAACUAGGUAAAAGAUGCCUGACGGGCAGCUAUGACCGAACUUGUAAAGUUUGGGACAUUGAAACUGGAACGGAGCUUUUUACUCUCCAAGGCCAUAAAAAUGUAGUUUAUGCUGUGUCUUUUAACAACCCCACUUCAGAUAAAAUCCUUACUGGAUCUUUCGAUAAAACUGCUAAUCUGUGGUGCGCACGUUCGGGCUAUUUACUACACACUUUUUACGGUCAUGAUGCUGAAGUUGUGGUUGUCAAAUUUGCUCCUGCACGAAAUGAAAUUGCCACUGGUUCGAUGGAUGCUACAGCUAAAGUUUUUCAACUAGCAACAGGACACGAAAUAGGUACUUUGAAGGGUCACAUGGCCGAGGUUAUUGCUCUCAACUAUAAUCGAGAUGGUAAUCAGAUAAUGACUGGAUCUUUUGAUGGAACAAUUAACUUGUGGGAUUUGAGGACCUUCAAAAGGACCAGUUGUUUGAUAGGUCACGAGUCAAAAAUAUCAAACUGUCUUUACAGUUUUGAUUGUUCCAUAAUUGCAUCAUCGUCAUUGGAUAAGACUGCAAAAGUAUGGGAUGUACGUAUGAGUUCUUGUCUUGGAACUUUAACAGGCCACGAAGAUGAAGUUUUAGAUGUGGCUUUGGAUAAUCAAGGAUUAAGAUUAGCCACUGCAAGCAGUGAUGCUACGGCAAGAGUUUGGGACAUUUCUGGAGAUUUCCAGGAGCUUGCAGUACUUGAAGGUCAUCGUGAGGAAGUUUCCAAAGUUUGCUUCAGUCCCAACGGAAGUAACUUGUUGACUUCAUCUCUGGAUAGAACAGCUCGUAUUUGGUCCACCGAAUCUGGUCGUUGUGUUCAAACUUUAGCUGGGCAUACGGAUGAUGUUUUCAGCUGUGCAUUUUCCUAUAAUGGAGACACGGUAGUUACAGCUAGCAAGGACAACACAUGCACUAUCUGGAGAUGACUGGAUUGGUUUCAAGUGCUACCAUAGCUCUUGUUGAUUAUUUUGUUCCUUAUUUAUAUUUUAUAUUUUUUUAUUCUCUAAUCAAAAUGGUAAAUAUUUUAUGAUGACUCAUAAAAACAUGUUAGCAAGUAUACCAAGCACAAAUAUUAUUGAAAGAACUAGGUUUCACAUAGUAAAUAAUAAACUGAUAGCUUUGGAAUAACAUAAAUCUAAGUGAUUUCCAAUAAAUUAAAUUUAUUCAAGUA